AUGGCAGAACUAAGCAAUAUUACGGAGGAUGAAAACCAAAAGACAUCCCUAGAACAGUCCUGCUCGGCAGAAUUUACCGGAGUCGUACAUGGUGAACUGCUCUUUCUUCCAGCGAUAAAUAUCUUUUUCUCCAUUGCUGCAUUUCUGGGCAACAGUCUGAUCCUAGUUGCCUUACACAAAGAAUCUUCACUUCAUCCGCCGUCCAAACUCCUGUAUCGUAACCUCGCGAUAACUGAUCUGUGUGUUGGUAUCAUUGUGGAGCCUCUGAAUGUUGUUUCUUGGAUUUCGAUGCUGAACGAAAAAUGGAAUAUUUGCUAUUACGCAAGUUUGACAACUUUUAUCUCAGGUUUACUUCUAUGUGUGGUUUCUUUAUUUACACUCACUGCAUUAAGCGUUGACAGACUUCUCGCUCUUGUGCUUGGAAUUAGAUACAGACAAGUUGUAACUUUGAGGAGAACAUAUUUAAUUGUAGUUGCUAUGUGGAUUUUGUCCAUUGUCCUCGCGUUAUUCACAUUAAUAUACUAUUGGAAUCCUCAGAGUCAUGUUUCAUCACGGCUCCUUGGCACAGUAAUCAUUGUAUGUCUUUUUUACUUCUUUUUUUUCAUACACAAAAAUUUUUAUCACUCUUCGUCAUAA